CCUGAGCCUGCUGACCAGGUAGAUUAUGGUUUGACAAACCCGGUUCUGUCGUGAUGGGUAGGCAAAAGACAGGUAUGAAGUUAUGCUUCCGUGAAAGGAGAGGAGGUUGUCUGUCGAGAGCAGAAGAGGCACGUCAAGGAAUUAAAGAGUCAGACUUUAUGUGCGCUUCGCGGGGUGAUGGGCAUCUUAUCAACAGCUGCGCGUUGCGCGACAGACGACGUCACUGCCGUGAACGAUGUGAGCAAGGCUGGCACUACACACAUCUGCGCACCGUUUGGAUCCCAAAGGGAGGAGAUCGUCAUCGAGCGCGGCGGUAGGGCCUUGGGGCAUGGCGAAGAGGACGGGAAGCAACGCGAUGAAGAUGGUGCCAAGCGUCCUGAAGCUUCCCCAUGGCAGCAAGAAGCUCAGCUGCAAGGAAGGACGGCAGGCAGAGAAGCGUCCAAGAAAGAGGAACGACGUGCCAACAGACGAGCGCCGGAGGAAGCGAACGAACCGAGAGGUAUGCUUCCUACAUAUUGUGCACGGCGUAAGCUGUAUCUGCAUUUGCGAAGCGGUCAGCAGCAAGACUACUGAUUGGGAUGCUCGACUUGCUAUCAGACUACACCUGAGCAUGAUAUUACCAAGAACAUCACGGAAGAGAGCCAUGGUGCUAUGGAGUGCGUAUAUUAUUCCCACUGGACAUGCUCAGCAUGGGCUGGCCCAGCAUCUGUCAAGCCAUCAGCAGCUACGCAUUCGAGUUGAGACCGCUGAGAUGACUCUAAGCCAUACCGCAGAUGACAGGCUUGUGGAGAGUGCUGUUGAGAAACUGUCGCGCAGACACUUCAACGAGAUGCGAAGCAGCAAGAUCGUCUCGCCUGCGGCAUACACUUACUACGAUGAUCAAACACCCGUACGUUCGACAGGCUACAGUUCUGAUCCACUCAGAAACGGCAGGGGAGGACAUGAGGAAUAUUCGAGUCCGCGAGCAGAGAUCGACGUGGGCUGUUAUUAAGUUCCGAGGCGGGAGAUGGAUCAAAGGAAUUUCAUAGCAUCCGUGG